CUGCAGUGCAGUGUCUAUAAGAGCUUGUCAGUAGCUUGGAUACCCUUCUUCGAACUCCGAAAACUUGCCGACGAGUUCUGGGCCUUUUGUUGGUUAUGGAGAUGCGCAAAAGUGAAAGGGGAAUUCCACUGCUUUUCGUUGACGAAGAUGUCGAGGAUGUCGCGAGUAAAGUAAUUGAGCGAAAGAUAUAUGAAGACGAAGCUUUCUUCCUUUGCGACAUACGAAAUAUUAAGCACAGCGUUUCUCUCUGGCAGCAAGAGCUACCGGAAAUACAACCAUACUACUGCGUCAGAUGCUGCUCCAAUUCAGUCAUUCUGCGCACUCUCAGCUCAAGCGGAGUAAAUUUUGCUUGUGGCUCCAAGCACGAAAUACAAACUUUACUGGAGAUGGGUGUCAAAGAGAACCGCAUUUUGUAUGAGAGCACGACCAAAUGUCCUUCGCAUCUGAAGUACGCCGAAAAAUGCGGAGUGCGGCUUAUGUGCUCUGACUCGGCAGUUGAUAUGGAAAGGAUCAGAGAUGACAAGGCAAGGUUCGACAUGGGUGUGAUUUCUCCUACGGAUGACGCAUUUUUGCUCACUGUUAGAAAUGCUCGCUCAGUAUUCGACUUGGGACAGCAAAUGGGUUUCUCCAUGACAGUGCUCAACAUUGGUGGAGGAUUUCCGAUAACUUCCCAAAAGAAUGAAGGGUUCUUGCAGGUGUCCCGACUGAUAAAAUCGGCACUUAAUGAGCACUUUCCUUCAUCAUCGGAACUGACAGUGAUUGCCGAGCCAGGACCAUUUCUGGUGGCCUCAGCCUUCACUCUUGCGACCAAGGUUGUAGCAAAGAAGAGGAAGGUAACGGCUCUGAAAGGAGUGGCGUUUGAACCAGAUGCACUUCUUGCCGCUGAGUGUCCGCACGUGCCAGUGCCAGGUUUAAUAGAGGACUAA